GGAACCACCGGAAGGGCUGCGCCUGGCCCUGCACAGCCGCGCAACGUGCCCCUCGCCACCACAGCGCAGGCACUUAGUCGGGUUGGGGCAGAGCGCGGAGACGUGGUCGAACCCCAAGCAAUUGUAGCAGCGACCCGCCAAGUCUGGCGGCAUGUCAGGCCGGGCCAUGGACGUCGGGAGGGGGCCCUGGCCGAGGCUGCGCUUUUGCUGGCGGCACUGAUGCCUCCAGCCGCCCUCCUCCACAGUCUCUCGGUCGCCAGCAGCAGCAACGACGAGGGAAGCCAACUGUCGAACAGGUUGAGCGCGCACCGGAGGAACCUCCUCCAAGGCCUCCACCAGCGGGCUCCCACGGCGGAGGACCUCGCAAUAGGAGCGCACCGAGUCCCCACCGUCGGAGGAGGGCGACCGGAGCGGCGAGAGAGGUGGCCACCGGAGCCGGAGCGGCCGCCGACGGGGAGGGGUGGGCGCCGACGCCGGAGAGGCGGCGGCGGUGGCCGGAAACCUAGGCGCGGGUCGCGGUCGCCGGUCACAGGAGCGGACGAGCGUGGGAGGGCGGGGAAGGAGGGGCAAGGGGGGAGGGCGGGGCCGCCGGCGGGAGGGGUGGACGCCGACGCUGGAGUGGCGGCGGCGGUGGCCGGAACCCUAGGCGCGGGUCGCGGUCGGCAGUCGCGGGAGCCCCUGACCUCAGAUUUGAACUACCAAAAAGUGGGAGUGACGUACCCAUCAACUACGAGGCGUCUGUGGUGAUUUCAUCAAUCUCAAGAUGAUCGGCCUGUGGCUCAGUCUCUCGGAGGUGCUCAUAAGGGUAGGGUGUGCGUGUGUGCGUUCAUAGGAUGAGUGUACGUCCGUGUGUGUGUGAGUGCUUGCGUCUGUACCGUGUUUUCUAAAAAAAAAACGUGUUGUACAGACAGCACAGCACGUAUUUUGACUAAAGUACUGUAGUAGCGGAGUAUUUGUUUA